AUGAAUGUGAACCAGGUCGGCUAUGACCGACGACUGGCCAUGAUUCAGACCAUUUUAGGUGAUUUCGGAUUAAGGUCCGAAGCUGUUACGCCAAUAGCUUAUUCACUGCAAUUUCCAUUCCCUUUUAACAAUUUCAUUUAUAAAAUCAAUCUGCAGGAGCCAGCAUUGGCCAAGCAUUUUCCCGGCAGGCAGCCAGGAACUGCUCAAGCACCUGACACCGGCCUUUCUACCUUCAUCAUUCGUAUGAGCAACUUGAAAGUGGCGGACUUGAAUCACACAAACCGGGUGGAAAAUGAAGUGGCAUGCUCUGCUUUAGCGCGGGAGGCUCUGAAUGCGGCCGGGCUCAACGGUCUCAUUCCCAAGAUUUACGCCUGGAUACAGCCCAAGUCCUUGGAGGAGCCAGAAGAGGAGAAUUUCGGAUGGUCGAUCUGCGAAUUCAAGACUGGCAAGGACCUCGACACGGAAUUUCCAAAAUUGUCUACAGAAGACCAGCAGAGGGUGAUCCUGCAGAUUGCUGACAUCUACGCCGCACUGCAAAAAGCUGUUAUUCCACCCACUGCAGAUAAAUUUGGCGGCCUAGCUUUUGACAGCCAUGGAAAUAUGGUUAGUGGCCAGACGGCCAUGAGACAGGGUGGCCCUUGGGCGACCUUGUCCGACUUCUGGACAGAAAAGCUACGGGGUCUUCUUGACGGUGCCAAACCGACGUCUUUUCUCAAAACGUCGAGCGCUCGGCUGAUUGAGCGCGUGGAGGAAUUUCUCAGUGAUGGUGGCCUGGCAGAAGUGCUUCGUGGUGUAGACAUCGCACAGCGCUGCCUCAUCCAUUCGGACUUCACGAUGAACAACUUGCUAUAUGACAAAGAAUCAAAAAAAGUCACUGCGUUGCUUGAUUUCGACUUUGCUUCCAUCAAUCACCCUGUCGAAGAGCACUACUUUGCUAGCUUCAGUGACGUCGGCGGAGGACUGCGCGCCCUGUCCCCGGCCAUGUAUCCCUGCGUCAUGUCGGACAAUUUUGAGCAACAACCAGCGAAUUUAUCUGACAAGGACAAGAAAAUCUGGGACAAAGCAAAAUAUUGGAAUGCUGCGAUUGCUGAAAGAAACGUCUUGAGGCCCAAGUCACUACCCGGCGUAGAGAAGAUUGAGGCACUGCGACGCCUGGAAGAGUCGCUGAGCAAAAUGCGCCAGGACAAGACUGCGUUACUGGAAAAGUACCCGGAUAUGGAUGGCAAGCAGAGUGAGACGGGCCCUCUUGCCAUUGUGCUACAGUUGUUGGACGCCCACCAUCAGGUGUGA